GAGCACAUCGAGACCCUUCGCACAGUGGCGCGCGUGCACGUGCCGGGGCGUGAACGCGCCACAGUCUGGACUGCCGUCUAGUCAGACAGUCUGCGACUCAUGAGGCGGAUAGGAGGGGCGAGUAUUGGGGAUGCCACAAGAAUGAUCCAUUAACCCCGCACAGCCCACAUCCGCAUUUAUGGAUUAGUUUCUCCUGAAGUGAAAGCCAUCCUAUUUAUUGUUUUCGUCAUCACUGAAGUUUCUUAAAUAUCCCCACUUUGCACGCGGAGCGCAUGACGAAGGACCAGAGAUGUUCUGAAUGAAAGGAGGAUCUGGCAGCCUUUUGAUAACAAUGCUGGAGAACUUGAGCGGAGCCCACAUUGAUCGACCCGCCCCUAGACCAUCCACAUUCAGCUUCUCUGCCCUGUUUGCUCUGCCACACCACCUUCACAUGGAUGGGAGCAGUCAUCCAUUCAGGAGGACUCUGUACCGGUUGAAGUUGGUAAGUUCUCCAAAUCUGAGUCAGCUGGGGAAAAAUGAAAAGGCUUCACUGGAGGAGAGAGGAUCAGGCCCUAAUGCCACAUGGAACAGCAUUCACAAUGCAGUUAUUGCUGUAUUCCAAAAGAAAGGUCUGGCAGACAACGAACUCUAUACACUCAAUGAAGGUGUGAGGCAGCUAUUGAAAACUGAGUUGGGCUCAUUCUUUACAGAAUACCUCCAGAAUCAGCUUUUGACUAAAGGCAUGGUCAUUUUGCGGGACAAAAUAAGGUUUUAUGAAGGUCAGAAGUUACUGGACUCUUUGGCUGAGACGUGGGACUUCUUCUUUUGUGAUGUUCUCACCAUGCUUCAAGCCAUCUUCCACCCCGUCCAGGGGAAGGAGCCGUCGGUGCGUCAGCUGGCCCUGCUGCACUUCCGAAACACCAUCACCCUUAACAUGAAGCUGGAGGAGGCUCUGUCCAGACCGCGAGCCCGCGUCCCUCCCUCCAUCGUCCAGAUGCUUUUAGUGUUACAGGGGGUUCAUGAAUCCAAAGGUGUAAGUGAAGAAUACCUGAAGCUGGAGUCUCUCAUUCAGAAGGUGGUGUCGCCGUACCUGGGCACGCAGGGACUGUGUUCACAUGAGUGUGGUGCCUCUCAGUGCUCCUGUGUUAUUGAGAGGCAUUUGCAGUAUUGCUGGUCCAAGUCUGCAGACCUGCCCUCCAGUAAUCCAGUAGUGCGCUCCAAGAGUUACAACAUCCCCAUGCUGACCCCUGUGGCCGAGUAUGACUCUGAAGUGAGCUCUGUGGGGAGCGUCGGCAUCCGGCGUCACUCUGCGUGUGACGUCACUUCCUGCAUAGAGCCCCAGGGCUAUUCAGCCCUGUCUGUGGGAAUAGAGACCAGCUCGACCCCCAGACUCUCACUCGAUCACGAGCUCACUCUGUCCGGUGUGAUGCGAGGGGCCACGGGACAGCCAGCUCUGAUUUCUCCACCCGUCUUCAUCCACACCACCUCAGGGUGUCUGCAUGCAGCGGGCGCCCCGAUGGCUUCAUCCGAGUUGGACAAGGCCCCCUCGUCGCCCCCGAGCUGCUCCUCCAGUCCGGAGACCAUUGUAAUGCAGGGGCUGGACUCACUGGAAUCAGAUCCUGACGGAAUCUUCAUCGAUUUUUCCCACUGCCGCUCCGAUUCUUUCGGAACGAGCAGGAAAACUAGCUGAUGGAAUCUGUUGCCGUGCAGAAUCCAUUUCAGAUUAUAAACUACCACUUUUUUCUGUGAACUUGUGAAGUAGCUAUGUAUGUUGUGAUUUUUAAAACUGGAAUUUCAUUCCUGCUUUGCGCAAAAGCCAAGGCUGCUUUGUGGGAAAAAUGGGAGAAGACUCAAUUUAAAGUGAUUGUUUUUAUAAUGUUCUAAACCUGUGGAUGAAUUUUUGAAUUUUUCUAGUUUUUCAUAGACAGUAGACGUGGAAUGUCUCCAUUUUAAUUAAUGCACAUUUUACUGUCUCUCAUUUAAGUUUAUUUCCACAAUGGAAUAAAAAAAUUAAAAAGGGUGAUUUUAUCUCACAAUUUAGAGUUUAUAUCUAACAAUUAAGACUUUUGUCUUACAACUGCCGGAUUGCAAGAAAAAUCCAAGAUAAAAAGUCAGACAGUUAUGUUUUGUUUUUGUUUUUUUGACCGAAAAAAAGAAUUGUAAGAUAUCAAGUCAGAAUUCAGAAAAUAAAAAUCUGACUUCUUAGAAAAAAAAAAAUUUAAAACUCAAAAUCAUUUGUGAGAUGAAAACUCGAAACUACGAGUUUAUAAUUAAAAAUUUUUGAAAUUCGCAAUCGCAAUUGUGAGAAAAAAGUCAGCUUUUUAAAAAUUUUAUUCCAUGGUAGAAAUAAACUUUCAUACUCAUUUUGUUUAAAGUUGUUGUCACAUUUUCUGUUGUUUGUCGAAUUUUUUGCCUCGUCGACCAUCAGAAAGCUGAUUGGUUUAUUAGUUCUUCUGUGUGAGGUGUGCUUCAUACAUCAACAAUAGACAGCUGGCCUUUUGAUUUGCAAAAGUGACUGCACCUUAAAUGAGCUUCACGUAUCGUAAUGUGUUAUGAGACGACAGUACGCCUAAAUGUAGAAAUCUCUUCCAUUAUUGUCGCUCUUUAUCACACGCACUAUUUAUUGUCAUAGGGCUUUAAACGAACUACAUUUAGUGCUCUUUAAUCAUUGUCAAGCUAACCUGCACUCUUAAUGGUAUGAAAAGAAAUUAGUCUCUUAAUCUGAGAAUAACGAUAAUGUCGCUAAUGAUAAUACAGCGCAGAACAUUGUACGUCUUGAACACUCUGUUUGGUUCUCAAGCUUGUUGUUUUUUUUGUGACUGGAAGUUAACGGGGUUUGCUAAUUGAAUGUGUUAAAAACUCCCUUUUAGUUAGUUGAUUAAAUAGAAUAAAUACAGAAAGAUGGCGUUAGAUGAAACUGGAAUGCUAAACUUUACUUUUUGACUAUUUUAUUAGAAGGUAUUCUUUAAUUUAAAAAGAUUAUUAUCUGAUUUCUUUAGAAUUUAGGAGUUAAUUUAAUUGGUAAAUAUGCAUAAGUAUAAUUGGAUAAAUGCGUAUUCCAGUUUAUGAAAUUGAAAUGAUGCAUAAAAGCCCCAUUGUAUAAAAAAUUAUAAGGUACUUUAAAGAGUUUUUUGUGUCUGUUUUCUAUGUAUGUAAGCUUUUUGAUUUAGGUUAUAAGAUAAUGAAUUUCUGUAGUUUUAUAGAUUUGAGAUUGAGCAUACCUGCAUAGAUUUUUACACAAGCAACAUUUUUUAGAAAUGUAAAAAGUUUACAGUGGUGCUUUAAUACCUUGCACUGUCAUUUCUGAAGUCUGUGCUUACUUUCAUACUGAGUUUGUUAUUGGCUUUCAUGUGUGCUGCUGUGGACAACCUCAACAAGACAGAAUUUGUAGUAAAAUACUUUUAUGCUUCA